AUAGAUCAGUCAGCUUCCACCAACAUCAAAUCCACUUCAAGCAGUGUUCCUCCAGUGAAAGAUAUAAUUGACUUAGUAGAAAAACCUCACAAUAGUCGAUGUCUCAAUUCAGCUUGUGAGGGAAUAAACAAUGAUUUUGUAUUAGCCCCAGACUUCUGCCUCUCUUAUUACCGAGUUAAACGUUCAAAAUCUUACAAAGAAGAGAUUUGCAAAGAAUGUUACAGUAAAUCAAUAGAAGAUUUUGAUAAACUUAGUACAGAAUUGAAAGAGGGAAAUCUCAUUUUGGGUGUUACUUAUCCAAUUAUAAAUGAAACAUUGCAAAUUGAGGACAGCGAUGAAGAAGAUGAAAGGAAAGAAGAAGAAGUGGAAUAUAUUGAUAAAGAGAGUUUCAAUUUUAUAAGUGAAAAUAUUGAUGAAAUAAUACAUGAAACUUUGGAAAGUGUCAAUUUUGAAAACCGUUAUGAAUUGGAAGCUGCACAUGUCAGGAUGGAAAGUAAAGAUGUUGAAGAGAACUAUAAUCAUUUAUCAGAAAAAGUUAAGGAAAUCAGAGGCAUUCUAGAUGGAAUACAACUGAAUUUAUACAAUCAGUUUCGUCCAAAUUAUCAGUCAUUUAAAGGAAUGACAAUAAUUGAUGAUCUUUCUUUAGCACCAAAUACUGUCAUCAAAGUUGAUGCAUCUAUGGAGUCUAGCCCAAGAAAGAGUACAAGAUCCCAUAAACCAGUUUCAUAUGUGGAACUCGAUGAUGUUGGUAAUUCAAAUAGUCCCAAAGUAAAUACUCCUAGUGACAAAUCUCCAGAUUUGGAACCGCCCAAGGACCUUCCUCCAAUUUUGCCUAUUGAUAGGCCUCCUCCUCAAGUUGGUGAAACAUAUUACAUUGUUCGUGAAAACUCUCAGAGCUCUUGGAUCAGGGCUCGCUUACAACUUAUCAUACCACCUGGCACUCCUCAUAAUGGAAUAACGUACAGUACAAACUUCUACCGUCUGAUAGAGCUCAAACAACAGAAAGAACGUCUGCUCAGUGGCAAAAGUAUAGCAUACUUAUCAUUCAGCAAGGUUAGGUUACCUGUAGGUACAAGAGUUAUUUCUGUUUUCAAGGAGACAAAUAAUAUGGGAGAAACUAAGAAGCCUAGACAUGAUCCUUACUAUGCGGGUAUAGUGGGAGAACAACCUUUUGAGGGAAAUAAGUUCAGAUAUUUGAUUUUUUUCGAUAUUGGAUAUUCUCAAUAUGUUAGUUACCACUGUGUAAACUUAGUUCUGGAAACCAGCCCAAAUGUUUGGGAAGAUGUGUAUGUUGACUCACGGGCAUUCAUCAAAAAGUAUCUGGAGAGUCAAGACAGACCAAUGGUGAAAUUGGCCAAAGAUCAAACUCUCAGAGUAGAAUAUAAAGGUAAAUGGUGGUUGUGUACUGUCAUGAGUGUUGAUUGUUCUUUAGUACAAGUAUUUUUUGAUAAUCUUAGCAGAACUGAGUGGAUAUACAGGGGCUCCACGAGACUUAGUCCAAUGUUUAAAGAAGAACAAGCUGCUACUAAUAGACACACUGGUGUCAGAACAUCUAGAAAAUUAGGUCAUAAUGAAUCUGCUACAGUUGUUCAGUAUACUCGAAAUAACGAUUUUGUUCCAAGAUCCCAAGAAUCUCCUACAAAUAACGUGAGAGCUGUUGCUCGAAAAAGCACUACAAGGCCUCAAGGUAAUACACCAAUUCCGAACAUUGUGCCAUUCCUCCCUCCAGUCAACAGUACUCCAGUGAAUAUAACUGGUCCUACUAGUAAAAUAAUGUACUUCACACCACGUGAACAAGUUAUUAUAAAGCGCAUAUAUAGACCACACACAUGUUCUCCUAAGUGCAAAGACUAUCUGAUUCACAACUUCAAUCAGCUAAGAGGUCACAAUCCUCUUUCCAAGCCGUUAUUGUGUGGAUGGGGAAGGAUGACGUUGAAAGCUAAAGGUAGAAAAGAGAUCAUUUACAAAGCCCCUUGUGGUAGAUUACUCCGAAAUAUUGCUGAAGUUCACUAUUAUCUCAGGCUUACCAGCAGUGAAAUGACAGUAGAUCUUUUUGACUUCAACCAUAUGGUAAGAUGUCUUGCAGAGUUUAACGUUGAGUGCAAUCCAGAUCCCAAGGAUCUAUCAAGAGGACUUGAACAAGUUGCUAUACCGGUUAUCAAUGGCAUCAAUAAUGAAAUGCUAGAUUUUUGUAACUAUUCUAUUAAGAGAGUUCCUAUGGAAGGUGUCCAUAUGAAUUUAGAAACAGAAUUUUUGUGUGGAUGUGACUGUGAUGAUGAUUGUAUUGAUAAAACAAAGUGUGCAUGCUGGAAACUUACUCUUGAGGGGGCUAAAUACAUCGGAAAAGAUGUGGAUCCUAACUCUGUAGGUUACAUUUAUAGAAGACUUCCUGAUCAAGUGAUAACUGGAAUAUAUGAAUGCAAUUCGAGGUGUAAGUGCAAUUCAACUUGUUUGAAUAGGGUUGUACAAAACCCAAUGAGUCUGAAACUUCAAGUAUUCAAAACACAUAAUAGAGGAUGGGGAAUAAGAUGUCUAAACGAUGUUCCACAGGGCAGCUUCAUUUGUAUUUAUGCGGGGACUUUACACACUGAAGCAAUGGCUAAUGAAGAUGGAAUGGCGUAUGGAGAUGAAUAUUUUGCAGAACUGGACUAUAUAGAAACAGUGGAAAAGUUCAAAGAAGAUUAUGAAGCAGAAGCGAUGGAAGACGAGGAAGAAUCUAGGUAUCGAGGAAAAAGUCCUCAAGAAGAAGAAGAAGAUGAAGACCAGGUAACACCUAUGAAACAAACCAAUGCUAAAUGGAAGAGGUAUAAUUAUUCUGAAGAUAAUGAUUUCACUCCUGCUCAUCCUGUACCUAAUCGUGUGAAAGAGGCUGAUUCGAGUAUAAGGUAUGAACAGUACAUUUAA